AUGGAGGAGCGGGACAGAAGCCGGUCCCCGUCCCGAAAGACCAGUCGUGUGGAGCAGGUGGUGGGGCGCUGGCUACGGCGCUCACAAAACUCAAUCAGCAGAGAGCGUGUGUUGGAAGAGAACCGUGCUGCUGACAAUGGGUCAUCAGACCAGAGGAGUUUCCCUCUCCGGGUAACAGUGCAAUUGCCUCGAGACCCCACACUUCAGUCCCAUGGCUUCACCAUCACCACAGAAGCUCCCCUCCUGGUCCAUGAUGUCAUUGCAGGAGGCCCAGCUGAUGGGAAGCUGGUACCUGGAGACCAACCUCUCAAGAUUAACAAUGUUGCGGUCGAUGACUUGUCUGUGGAGCAGGCUGGGGACCUCAUCAGGGAGUGUGAGGAUACAUUAACAAUCACAGUCCUCAGGAUUACUGUGGGGCCAAAAUCAUCAUUUAUAACUCCAGAGAAGAGAGCUAAAUUGAGGUCCAACCCGGUGAAAGUGCACUUUGCAGAGGAGGUGGUGGUCAAUGGCCAGUGUCAGGGAAACUCUUUACUUUUCCUGCCAAAUGUCCUGAAGGUUUACCUGGAGAAUGGCCAGACAAAAGCCUUCAAGUUUGAACACAAGACCAGAGUUAAGGAUAUUGUGAUGACACUGAAGGAGAAGCUGUCCAUCACCCGCAUUGAGCACUUUUCCUUGCUGCUGGAGCAGCAAUACAGCAUCACCAAACUAGUGCUGCUCCAUGAGGAUGAGCUUAUACAACAGGUGGUGGAGAAGAAGGAGACCCAUGACUAUAGGUGUUUGUUCAGAGUUUGCUUCAUGCCCAGAGAUCCCCAGGACCUUCUGGAUGAAGACCCCGUAGCGUUUGAUUAUCUCUACUUGCAGAGUUUGAGUGAUGUGUUGCAGGAGAGGUUUGCCAUGGAGAUGAAGUGUAACACAGCGCUCAGACUAGCUGCACUGCACAUACAGGAGAGACUUGCCAGCUCUGGACAAUCCCCUAAAACACCUUUGAAGACUAUAACGAAAGAAUGGGGCAUCGAGAGCUUUGUUUCCAAUACCCUGCUGAGGAACAUGAGGGAGAAGGACCUUAGAAAGGCCAUUAGCUACCACAUGAAGAAAGCCAUUUUCUUGGAGCCCAAGCAAAAGGUGGUACCAGUUAAUCAGGCGAGGCUAAACUACCUAUAUGAGAUGGCAGAGCUCAAGUCAUAUGGAGGGAAAUCUUUCAGUGCCACAAUGUUGCUGCAGGACAGAGAGUCGAUGGUCAGUCUGUUGGUGGGUGUUCAGUAUGGGGUGAGUCAGGUGGUCAACCACAAGCAAAGUGUCGUUAACACCCUUACCGAGUUCAGCGGCAUCACCAGAGUGGAGCUCAUCCCUGAAUCAGAGCGGGUCAGCCUGGUUAAAAUCUACCUGCAAGACAUCAAGCCCAUCACCUUGCUACUGGAGUCAGGCGCUGCGAAAGACUUAUCAUGUCUGGUGGCUGGAUACUGCAGAGCCCUGGUUAACCCCAACAUAUGUGUUUUCCCUUGGCUUUGUAAUCGUAAGAGCCAUCGGAUAUCCGCAGAGGAAGGUUAUGUAUCUCAUUGUGGGAGUGACUCUGAAGAUUCGGACACAGAUGUGGAUGCUCUAUUGGCUCACAUGGCCUGCGCUUCCCAAAGCAGUGACCACAAAGCAGCCUCUGGCUCCAGCGGUGGCCAAUCACCAAAGAGUGAAGGCAGGGAAGAGAAGGAGAAGUCAGAAACUCCACAGCAGAAGGAGAAUGGGCACAUGCAGGAGGUCGAGGAGAAGGGUGUGAGGCCAGAAGAUACUAACACAAAAAUCACAUGGGAAUACAGUCAGAUGGAAGAGCGGAGUACUGCUAGUAGUGCUGAAACAAGUCUGAAGACAGAGACUGCUGAUGUUGUAGGCCAGGUGGAGGAGGAGAGUUGUGGAAAGACGCAUGGCCAAGGCACAGAGGAGGAGCAACGCUGUUAUGUCAUGCUGGAAGAGCCUGCCUCAGAAACAUCAGACUCUGGCCGGACCGAUUCACGAUUCUUGGCUAGCCUGUCUAGUGACUCCAUGGAUGCCCUGGAGGAGGACGACUUUAUGGCCGUGUGCUCCAACCACAGACCAACCCAACUCAGUGUGGGCCUCACCCACAACACACCAACCUCAUCCCCAGGCAUUCCACACACAGCCAUAGACCUCUUCACUACUAACACCCAGGAUGGGUCCUUCCUCAGUUAUGCAGCACUCUCCAUUAUGGCUGAGGGCCUACCGAGUCCACCAGAGGCGAGUGACGAUGAGCUGGAGGAAGAACAGAUCCUAAAAUCUGCUGGUCUGGACCUGUCAAAACUGACUCCCUUAUCUGCACCAGGGCUAGACUUGUCCAAACUGACGCCAUUAUCUGCACAGGGAAGUUGUGUGUUCACCUUUGAGCAGUGUGAUGCACGGCAGUACUACAACAUUUGCUCUAACGUCACCCCCGACAGUGCCAGAAGCCUACUCGGCGCCCUGGCAGAAAAACAGCCGGAUGUGGUCGUGGAGACUGAGAUGGAACGUUUACCAAUUCUCCACCCUCCACCAGGCUUUGGAGACAGCAGCUCUGAUGAUGAGUUUUUUGAUGCGCAGGAUAGAUUCACAUCCCCAGAGCAACCUUCCUCUGUUGCCAUCACCAGACAAAAUUCAAUAGACUCCAGCAAUAGAAAGCGGACCCUGAGCCUAAGUGACAUUGGUCUCUCCGUUUAUGAACUGGGAGAGAAAAGGAAAGGGGAGUGGAGAGAGGAUGAGGAGCAGACAGAAGGUCAGAAUUCCAUCUCUGAGUCCAAGUGGAAAGUCAUGAAGCAGCGACGGUCCUUCGUCGAGACAGACUACACAUCACUUGUGUCCUUCCCUGAACACAACCACAAAUCCAACAACCAUUUUGAGGUCCUACUUGUACCCAACAUACAACACCAAACAGAAGAUACGCACCACCAGAGCCCCUGUCUCACGGUAUUACCCCUGACCAACACUGAACAGGAGCCGUCCCAACUGGAGAGCAAGCCCCUCACCAGGCUCUGUGCCAAGCUGAGUAAUGCCAUGGCCGAGAGCCGUGGUCAUCGCCGCCGGCACCUCUCGGCCCAAGUGGACAUGGAGGUGGAGCCGGAUGCCAUGGAAACCAAAGCUGUGACUGACCUGCUGUCCUCCUCUGUCAGCGCAGUGCGCCGGAGCACCGCAAAGAUGGAGGCAGAUCUGAAAAGCAACUGCAGAAGAACAGACGAAGAGACCGAAGAGGGCAUGACAGACAGGAUGCCAGAAGGUCUGGUUGCCAGCCAUCUCUUCUUCAAACACACUCAUGGAUCUCGACCUGCAGAGGCACAAGAAAGUGAGGGGGAAAGGCAAGAGCAUGCCAGGCCUCGCUCCUUUACGGCCGGUCACAUUGACACACCCGCAGCUUGGCACAGACCAGUCGUGAUCCCCACAAUAUGUUACACCCCCAGCCCUGAUGAUGAGGAAUCAGAGGGGUUGGCUAGGGAUGUAUUCAAAGUUAAAAGUGGUAGUUUAAUAGAAGCCUUCAAGAGGGGGCUGUCAGUGAGCCGUGAAAGCCUUACCCAGGCAGAGCAGAGUGAGCUGGACGGUGAAAACUGCUUUCAAAAGUCUCAAAAAUCCCCAGUGGAACCCACCACUGGCUUCAUGCUCACCCCCUGCGCCCCAAGCAGCAUGAUUGGCCGGCUGUCAGCAUCGACACUGCGUGGAAAGAUCCAGAACUUGCCCCUCUACUUGUCCCGCUCCCAGGAGGUCCUGAGUGAUGCCAGUUCCGGCAAUGGCACCCCACACAAGAGGAGGCUGUCAGAGUCGUUCCGCGGCAGGAGGGGGAAUGGGCAGCCAAGCCAAGACAUGGGUAGUGGAGAGGUUACCGAAGUCAAAGUGGUCACCAUCGUGUCUGAAGAGGUGACAGAGGUGAUAGAGGAGAUGGUGGAGGUCAGCCACCGUGGUCAAGCUGCCCAAUCGCAUGAUGAUUCUGUCAGCUCAGAGCAAGAAUCCAGCUCAGAGCAGAAUAUGAGCACCAACCCCUCCUCCAUGGUAGUGGUGACCACACAAAGCAUCCCUAGCACAGAGCACAAUAUGACGAACCACAUGCAUGCCAUGGGUUGUGGGCUCUUCAGAAACUGUGAGUCCCAACCCACUGAUACUCAGCCCAAGUCUCUGCCCAGUCCUUGCCCACAUGGGAAACCUGAGCUGGGCUGCCGCAGUGCGCUGGCGCUGGGCUGUGACGUGUUACUGGAGAGCGCCCAGGCACCAUUAGAGGCCUGUGACUGUCACUCAGUCUACAGCAACUGUUUUAGUGGCGUUUUGGAUGGGAACAGCUUUGAUGAUGAGCUGACUGUCUAUGAAUUCUCCUGCCGCACAAAGUCAGAUCCUCUUCAGUCCAGCCCAGUGUCAGCCAUCCCCCCACCCCUGACAUCUACAUUCUCCCCUUCGUCAUCCUCUUCUUCAUCCUCCUCUCUUCCUUCUUUCCCGUGUGUGAUGUUACCCCCCUCUUCCUCUACCGAGCUUAGUCCUCUACUUUCUCCCCUUGAGCCUGUCAACUGCUCCCUGUCUGACCCAGAAGAAGAAGCCAUCGCCUCCCUGCUGGCCCGUCGCUACCCGUCACACCCUGCAGGCUUCGCUGCACUACAGCGGGACCUAGAGACACUGCUGUCAGUGUUGGGGGGAGCCAUCAAGUCUCGAGGAGACUGCGAAAACCUGGAGCACCACAGAGAUUCAUGUGCAGCUCACUUCUCUGAGAACAAACGCAGAAUGCAUGAAGAGGCACGGGGGCUGCUGGCGGGGUGCCAACGCGUGGUGCGCGCAGGGCAGACGGCGGAGGAGACGCUGCAGGCCCUCGUGCAGAGCUUCCGCUCCUUGGUGCAGUUGUCGUCCGUCUGCCUGUGCUUCUCCAGCUGCCCGCGCUGUCGUGAGCGUCACGGCCAGGCGCUGACGGGUCUCGCCGACGUGGUGAGGACAUACCGGGAGUUCGCCCACACCGCCGAGUGUGUGGGCAAUGCAGCAGCUACAACGGGGAAACGCAGCAGCUGCCACGACCUCAGCAUCAAGCUGCUGGCUCGCCAGUGCACUGCCCUCACCACCUCUGUCUUCUGCCUCACACAGCUUUUCCGCACACUCACUGCACUCUGA